AUGGACCUGCACAUUCUGGACCACAGACUACGAGUUACCAGCAUAUCCAAGAACGGGCUGGCGAACUUCACGCACCCCUUGAUUAAACUCAUAUUUCUCCGGAACAGGACACGGUGCAAGUUCUUCAGCCUGACGGAAACCCCAGAAAACUACACUGUUGUACUUGACGAGGAGGGGUUCAAAGAACUGCAGCCUUCAGAACAUCUCCAGGUUGAGGGUUCAAUCUGGCUCCCUCUCAACGUGGUUUCCAAUGGCAACGCUUCGAGUAGCUCACAAGCAGUGGGAGUCACCAAAAUCGCCAAGUCGGUGAUUGCGCCUCUCGCUGAGCAGCAUGUCUCGGUCUUCAUGCUGUCCACCUAUCAGACUGACUUCAUCCUGGUGAGGGAGCAGGACCUGUCUGUGGUGAUCAGCACUCUGGAGGAGGAGUUUCACAUGUUUAGGGAGGUGGCUGGAGAGUCCAUGCCUGUGCAGUGUCAGGAUGUUUCUAACGGUCUCCACAAGAACGGCAAAGAAGCCAUGCUCACGGUCCAUCCUGUGCUUAUUCCGCAAAAUCAGUUUUGCGUUAUGUCUUUGGACCCGGACACUUUGCCGUCAAUCGCCACGACCCUGAUUGACGUCCUCUUCUACUCUAGCAGCCCUAAAGAAGAGGCACAGUCCAAUCAGGAUUUGGAUACCAUUAACUUCUUUUCGUUUUCUUUAAUCGAUGGGUACAUUUCGCUUGUGAUGGACACAGAAGCUCAGAGACGAUUCCCUGCAGAUCUUCUCUUCACUAGUUCUUCAGGAGAGUUGUGGAGGAUGGUGCGCAUCGGGGGGCAGCCACUUGGCUUUGAUGAAUGUGGAAUAGUUGCUCAGAUUUCUCGUCCUCUGGCCGACAGUGACGUCUCAGCGUAUUACAUCAGCACAUUCAGCUUUGACCAUGCUCUGGUCCCUGAAGAGGAUAUCGCAGGCGUUCGAGACAUGCUCCAUCAUCAGCGAAAAGAACAGUCCUCCAGUUGA